CACGCGGAAGGUCCAAAACAUAACAUGAGCAGCGUUAGCUUUCCUUCAGUUGGACGUUAAUUUACAACGUUAUUUGUGAGUGUUUGCGGGGGAAAAUGUCUUCAGUUCAGCUUCACAGAGAGUUCAAAAGCAAGGAGGAAAUUCCGUCUGAGCAAAUAAUCCCUGAGUUUGAAGAAAUAAUCGUCAAAUCCGAGGAGGAGGUAGAUGAUCAGCGCAGACUGCUGAAUUUCAGCCAGACAGCAGAGGUCAUCUUACACCGAACAGACCCGCCUCAACAGUAUGAUAUUCAAGUGGAUAAGGUUUUUAAUGACCAGCAGCUGUGUGGCCAGGAAUGGAACUCCAGUUUAGACCAGGAGGAACUUGAACAUCUGCAUGUCAAAAAGGAGCAGGAGGCUCUAGAACAUUUCCCGAUAAAAGAGAAUCGGCAGGAACUAGAACAGCUGCAAAUAAAGGAAGAGCAAGAGGAACUUGAACAUCUCCAGAUAAAACAGGACCAAGAGGAGCUACUAUGCAUACAGAUAAAAGAAGAAGAGGAAGAGCUUCAUCCUGACGUUGGCAGACAGGAUGAAGAGCAGCGUGUGCUAAAGGAAGAGACGGAUACUUUAAUGGUAACUCUUACUAACGAAGAAAAAUACUGCAUGGAACUAGAACCAAACAGUAACCAACUCAACUCUCAAGAUAUUCCUGAAGCUAAGAACCACAAUCAGGAAGGAAGAAAUCCAAAAGUUUCAGGAUCACGGACAGUGGAAGUGCCAAAACAAAAUAAAACUUUUCAGACGACCAGACCUAAAAGAAAUAAUGCAUAUGGUGGAAAACAAAAAGUGCUCAAGAAAAAUUCUUCAGUUAAGAGACAGUAUUCUUGUAAAAUGUGCAAUGAGGUGUUUUUUCAUAAUAGCACCUUUAUUAGACAUCUGAGAACUCAUACUGGUGAGAAGCCUUUUUCAUGUCCAAACUGCGGAAAAUGUUAUAGUCAAAAGGGUCAUUUAACAGAUCACAUGCGAACUCACACAGGUGAGAAGCCCUUUGCUUGUACCACUUGUGGAAAAAGCUUCAGUCAAAAGAGCCAUUUAACAAUUCACAUGAGAAUCCAUGCGGACCAGAAGCCUUUCUCCUGUAUGAUAUGUGGAAAAAGUUAUAGCCAAAAAGGUCAAUUAGCUUAUCACGUAAGAGGUCACACAGGUGAAAAGCCUUUUUCAUGUAAUGCUUGUGGAAAAGGUUUUGGUCAAAAAAGUAGUUUAACUUAUCAUAUGAGAAGUCACACAGGUGAAAAGCCUUUUUCAUGUAUGACCUGUGGAAGAAGUUUCAGUUUAAAAGGUAAUUUAAUUUAUCACGUGAAAAAUCACGCAUGUGAAAAGUCUUUCCACUGUGUUACUUGUGAGAAAAAUUUCUUUAAGAAAGAAACUUAUGCAACUCAUCUCAGGACUCACACGGGUGAGAUGCCGUUUUCAUGUGUCACCUGUGGAAAAAAAUUCAGCAAAAAAAAAAGUUUUAACACUCACCUGAAAACCCACACUGGUGAGAAACCUUUCUUAUGUAAUAUAUGUGGGAAUAGUUACAUUCAAAAAAGUAGUUUAACUUACCACAUGAGAAUACACUCACUUGUGAAACCAUUCUCAUGUAAUACUUGUGGGAAAAGUUUCAGUAAAAAAGAUAUUUUCACAUCUCACUUGAGAAGCCACACUGGUGAGAAGCCUUUCUUGUGUAAUAAAUGUGGAAAACAGUUUACUCGCAAAAGUUUUUUAACAGUUCACCUAAGAGUCCAUACCGGUGAGAAGCCUUUCACAUGUACUACUUGUGGAAAAUGUUUCACUCGAAAAAGUUUUUUAACAGUUCACAUGAGAACUCACACAGGUGAGAAGCCUUUCUCGUGUACCACCUGUGGAAAUACUUUUAGGCAAAGGGCUCAUUUAAUUUGUCACAUGAGAACCCACACAGAUGUGAAGACGUAAUCUAGGGAACAGUUUAAAAUUCUUCAAAAUCAGUUUGCUUGGCCAAUUAUUACUUAGAAGCUGAAGUAAGAAGGAAAUUUAAAAAAAAAAUUCAAGUAAAAACUAAUACCACAAAAAUGCUUUCAUAAAUAAACUUUAGCUUCUCCUUUUUUAGCAUGUCAGAUACUAAUUGUUAGUGUAUUGUAGAAGAAAAAGCUUUAAUUUUGGAAAAAGUUGAAGCUGCUUUUAGAGUGAAAUAUGACAUUUGCUAUCUUUAUUUUUUUCUGUCUUAAUUUCUCCUCUAAAGGCAAAUACCACUGGUGAUAUGGUUGCAGCUCCAAAACCUUUAGAUUUUGCAACCUGUGAUAAUAUUUCCGAUUUGAUGUAAUAAAUAUUAGGCACAUGCAGUUUAAGAGACAAGACCAUAUAAAAUUUGUUGUAAUGAGUUUUAGCAGCAACAUUGAGAGAAACUAUACCCAUUUGUUUUGUUUAAUACAAAAUUAGAGUAAAGUUUUGACAAAUUAUAUUGUUAUAAAUAAUCUGUUAUCAGAGAAUACUAACUUUGUCCAUGUUUGACCAGCUUUUAAUUUUUUUUUGCUUGUUUUAAUCUAUGAUUUUAAUGCAGAAACUUUUUUGAAAAUAUGCUAGAUUUGAGAUUUUACUUACAAAAGAAACAAUUUAUUGAUAGUAAAUUGUAUUUAAAAGAUUUUAUGGUGAGUUUCUAGUUAUCCAGUUCAGGUUUAUUUAUUAUAAAUGUUUUAGUUUUGAACCAGAAGGAAUAAAAAAUCUGUCCUGCUAUGUUAUUAAAAAAAACUGUGAAAUCCUCCCUUGUCGCAGCAUCAGUUCACGACAACUUUAAAAACUGUUUAUGGACUGGUUAGCAUCUACUUUAUUGGAUUUUGAUACCUCUAAGUAUGAUAAUAAUGUUCAACAUAUUCAUCCACUGUUUACGUCACUGUCCUGGCUCUCACUACACAAUACACCC